UAUAAGAGAUCGCGCGCGCGCUCCCUCGUCCCGACACAAGGCACCACCCGAGUGAGACAUCCUUCUCGAGAGACAACGCAGAGGGACAGAGACGACGGGCAGAGAGACACGGUGUCAGCUGUUACCACCCACCUCCCCGACCCCUCCACACACACGUGCACAAAUCUACACAUAAUCAGAGUCUCCCUUAUUGCAUAACCACACGGGGAAAAUAAUCGCGUAUACACGUCCAUUGCAUUCAUUUCACGGUGCAUUGUACCGCUGUGGUCAGUGUGUGAACGUAUAGACAAGUAUUAUACAUUCAGACAAUCAACAACAGCAAGAAUACCACCACCACCACCAACAGCAGCAUCACCAACAUUGACAGCAGCACAAUCAGCAACGCUCUCAGCAUCAGCAGCAAAAGCAGGCGCAGGCUGUAGCCCGGGUGAGGAGGCGAACUCGGCGUCAGAGAGGGACGAACAGCAGCGGCAGCAGCAGCAGCAGCAGGAGGAGGAGGAAGAGAAGGAGGCGAUGUCUGGAGGCGCGGAGGUGCCGGGCGGGGACGCGGCGCAGGCGGGGCUGGCGGGGCUCCUCGCCUCGCUUCCCGGGGUCCCACCGAGUCCCGUGCGGGACCUGCGCGCGCGGUACACCAAGAUCUUCAUCGGAAACGAGUGGCGCGACUCCAUCAGCGGCAGGACCUUCCCGACCUUCGACCCCGCGAGCGGAGAGAAGCUCUGCGAUGUGCAGGAGGGAGACCACGAGGACGUGAACGUCGCGGUGGUGGCGGCACGGGAGGCGUUUGUGCUGGGCUCCCCGUGGAGGCGCAUGGACGCGUCGGACCGCGGGGUGCUGCUGUCGCGUCUCGCCGACCUGGUGGAGCGGGAGCGCACCACGCUUGCCACGCUGGAGUCGAUGGACUCGGGGAAGCCCUUCCUGCCGGCGUUCUUCGUGGACGUGACCGGGGCCGUUAAGACGCUGCGCUAUUUCGCCGGCUGGUGCGACAAGAUCCAAGGGCGCACCAUUCCCGUGGAUGGCGAAUACUUCACAUUCACACGGCACGAGCCCAUCGGGGUGUGUGGACAGAUCAUCCCGUGGAACUUCCCGCUGCUCAUGUUCAUUUGGAAGAUUGCACCGGCCCUGAGCUGCGGGAACACCGUGGUCGUGAAGCCAGCCGAGCAGACGCCACUCACCGCCCUCCACGUGGGAGCACUCAUUGCCGAGGCCGGGUUUCCGCCGGGCGUCGUUAACAUCGUGCCGGGAUUUGGCCCCACGGCCGGGGCGGCUAUCGUACAGCACCCAGACAUCGACAAGAUCGCGUUCACCGGCUCCACCGAGGUGGGGAAGUUGAUCCAGGAGGAGGCCGGCAAGAGUAACCUGAAGCGCGUGACGCUGGAGCUUGGCGGGAAGAGCCCCAUCAUCGUCUUCGCCGACGCCGACCUGGACGCGGCGGUGGAGCAGGCGCACCAGGGGGUGUUCUGGAACCAGGGCCAGUGCUGCACGGCGGGAUCUCGCGUCUACGUGGAGGACCCCGUCUACGACGAGUUCGUGCGGCGCAGCGCGCAGCGGGCACGCGUGCGCCGCGUCGGCCACCCCUUCUGCCCGAGCACUGAGCACGGGCCACAGAUUGACGAGAAGCAGCGCUCCAAGAUCCUGGAGCUGGUGCAGAGCGCGCUGGAGGAGGGGGCGCACUUGGAGUGCGGCGGCGUGGCCUGCGAAGGACGAGGCUUCUACGUGCAGCCCACGGUGUUCUCCGACGUGCCCGACAGCGCGCGCAUCACUCGCGAGGAGAUCUUCGGGCCCGUGCAGCUGAUCAUGAGGUUCGACUCGCUGGAGGACGUGGUCGCCCGCGCCAACGCUUCCCCGUACGGCCUGGUGGGCGCCGUGUUCACGCGCGACCUGGAGCGCGCCCUCGCCGUAUCGGCCGCGAUGCAGGCCGGCACCGUCUGGAUCAACUGCUACAAUGCUAUGAAUGCGCAGAGCCCGUUUGGGGGCUACAAGAUGUCCGGGAAUGGCCGUGAAAUGGGCGAGUACGGCCUGCAGGAGUACACCGAAGUAAAGACGGUCACGAUCAAGAUUUCGCAGAAAAACUCGUGAAGACGUCGUUGAUUUUCCUUCGUUGUUUUCCUCAUCACUAUUAUCGUUUAUCAUUAUUAUUAUCAUCAUCAUCAUCAUCGUCGUCGUCAUCGUUAUUAUUCACAAGCGCUUUGAAGGUACACGAAACGAUUUAAAAAAAGGAGUUGAUGGGGUAGCACGAGGCAUUGCAAAAUUAUUCUACAAAUAUCUCUCUGCCCCCCCCCCCACCUCUCUCUUGUGCGAGGGAGGCAUUGAGCCUAGGAGUACAGUACAAUGCAGGGCUUAACGGGCACGACUGUUUUCUGGGAGCGUCGUUCACAGUCUUUGUUGUUGUUUAACCCGUACACCUGGAGAGGUCAUUGGUUCAUUGCGGAGAGAGAAACAACGAAACGAUUGCACUGAUGCAAUUCACCUCGCAUAGUUGCUAAAAAAAAAAACCUCAAGAGGUCAGAAUGAUAUUUUUUUACAAAAACAAAUGAAACAUUUGGAUAACUCUAGCGGGUGUGAGACGACUCGUGUAAACAUGCGCGCGUUUUGUUACAAACGCGUUCAUUGGGGCCGUGGCUAUUGACAGCCAAUGAUGUGUCUGGCGUUGCAUUAGAAUGAUUUACAUCCCUUCGGCAAUCCACCGCUGGAUGAAGGCCUCCCCAUUGCAUUCAUCACCAUCAGCCAUCAUCAAUCCACUGCUGGAUGAAGCCCUCACUUCAUUCAUCAUCAGCAGCCAUGAUCAAUUCACUGCUGGAUGAAGCGGUCAAUUGCAUUCAUCAUCAUCAGCCAUGAUAAAUCCACUGCUGGAUGAAGCCCUCAUUUGCAUUCAGCAUCAUCAUUAGCCAUGAUAAAUCCACUACUGCUGGAUAAAGCCUUCCCAUUACAUUAUCAUGUUAAUAUUCCCCAAUAUAUUUGAAGUACAGACACAUUCGCUGGGAAGACAUUGCCCCUGUUUUGGUAAAACGACCGUGACGCUUCGAUUUGUCUUUCCUGCACAAACAUUAAUACAAAAACAGGCCUUUUUCACAAGUCCCGGAAGAUCAAAACUAAAUUCCAACGCAAUAAUAACGUCUGUUUCUUCGAUUUCAACGUUUAAUUGUACAGCGUUUGUUUUUACCCAGUCUAGUUAACACCACCACCCCCCCCCGCGCGCGUUACCAGUACACGCGUAUGCGCGCGUGUCAGAGGAGCGACGCUCACAACAAUGAGCAGAGCGCCGAGUUUGGCUAAAGCACAGCAAGUUGGCACAGGAGGGGGUGUGGGGCACCGGCGGUGCAUCGGCCACUCAUCUCAGUCAGUUGACCCGUGGCACCCGCUGGGUCUGUCCCGUGACCCCCUGCCAGCGAGCCGUUCGACACUUCACGUGGCCUUAACGUGCACCUAGCUUGGCACAAGCGCCGUGGUGACGUCACCGCCACUCAGUGGCGAAUGGCGGUUGGUUGUGGUUGUUGGUGGUGUCAGAGGAAACCUCGCAGCGACGGUGGGACCAGUUUGACACCUUCCCGCGCGCGCUUGUGCCUCGAAGGCACAGUCGGCCUCGACUGCGGACAAAACAAAAAGCAGAAGGAAAAAAAAACACACCAAAAAAAGCAGGACCCUUCUAUGAAAUGUGUUUUUAAUAAACUGUCUUUUGUUUGACUACGUUUUUUUUGUGUGUGUGUGUGUUAAACCCGAAAACAACUUGCGCAUUUAUUGUUAAUACUGCGUACUAUAUAUCUGAAUGUUAUCCGUAACAAUACUGUAUCUUUUAAACGUUUUUCUGUGUUUGUUACGCUUUUUUUAUCAUCAUCAUUAUACGGCUGUUAUAAAUUUACAAAAGAAAA